CGUGCGCGGGGAGGGACGGGCGCGGGCGGCAGACGCGCCGCGAUGGUGGGCCGCGACAGCCGCUCGGAGAGCGCGGCGCGCCCCUUGGCGCCGCGGCAUGAGUAGCGCGCCGCACCGGCCCGGCCCGCGCGCCCGCCAUGGCGCAGGCCGGCGCGCCCCAACGCACCCACUCCUUCGCCAAGAAGACCUUCCACAAGCCGACCUACUGCCACCACUGCUCCGAUCUGCUCUGGGGGCUCAUCGGGCAGGGCUACGGCUGCGAAGUGUGCAACUUCAUAGUGCACGAGCGAUGCGUGGGGCAGGUUGUGACGCCGUGCUGUGGGGUGGCGCCGAGCCUCAUCAAGAACCCGGUCGCUCACUGCUGGUCAGAGCCGACACACCACAAGCGCAAGUUUUGUACGGUGUGUCGAAAACGGCUCGAUGAAUUACCAGCACUACAUUGUAUGAUAUGCGAAUACUACGUCCACGGGGAAUGCGUGGACUUCGCUGCGGCGGACUGCAAGGAGAACGCGACGUACUGCGCCGGCAGCGAGCCGCGGCACGUGCACCACUGGCGCGAGGGCAACCUGCCGGCCAACUCCAAGUGCGCGGCGUGCCGGCGCGCCUGCUGGUCGGCGGAGUGCCUCACCGGCUACCGCUGCGAGUGGUGCGGCAGUACUUGCCACGCCGGCUGCCGCGCGCUAAUCCCGGAAGAAUGCAACUUUGGCACGCUGCAGCCGAUCUUCCUGCCGCCGUCCGCGGUGUCCAUCCCGCGGACGGAGGUGCCGAUGGAAGCGAUCAUCGGAGUGCACGUGCGCCCGCCGCCGUCGCAGCGCGACUUCGGAUGCCCGCGGCGGCGUUGGGCGCCGAGCCGGCUGGUGACGCUGGCGCGCCGCCUGCUGCCGGCCGCCUGCAGCCCGCAUGCCGGCGCCUCUCCGCCCUACUCCAGAGCUCGAAGCGUGAGUGAGGAGUUCAGCUCGGGCUGCGAGGGCCGCUCGGGCUCCGGCGGCGGUUCCACGGGCGCUCCCGCAGACCAGGACCAUAGGCCUGACCAUAAACAACAUAGAGACCGCACACCGGAUGAUAGAGAUGAAGAAGUCGUAAAAGUAUACGACGGCGAAGCAGCCUGGUCGCGUCGCUUGUACCGGCCGGUGGUAGUGGGCCGCAACUGGAGCGAACGCGAGCUCGUGGCAGCGGCUCUCCGCGCGUUCCACGUGGCGCGGGACCCGGAGCAGUUCGAGCUGACGGACGCGCUCGCGGGAGACGAGCCGCCGCUGAAGGACCCCACCCCGCUCGCUAGAGUCACCCGCUUGCCGAAUAAGCGACCAGCUUUGUUCUUGCGCUUCAAGGAACCGGAAACAGGCGGCGGUGAGGUCCGCGUGUACCCCGGGCGCGUGGCGGGCGCGGGCGAUGCGUUCGUUACCGUCACCUGCUCCGGAGACGACUCCGUGGCAGAUCUCAUGGCGUACGCCUUAGAGCGGUUUGGCCUUGAUCCAGCUAGAGCCACGCAGGACUAUCGCUGCUCGGAGAUCUUGCUUGAUCGAGGAGUAUCGGAGCGCGUGCUGGAGGAGGACGAGCGGCCGUGGCGCAUCCUGGUGCGGCUGGCGCGCGACUCCGUGCGGCGCAUGGAGCUGGCGCGCUUCUACCUGCAGCCGCGCCGCGACCCGCACGGGCCCACGCUCGCGCUCUUCGUGGCCUCGCUGCCCGCCGGCCUCUCCGAGCGGAACUACGAGACCAUCCUGGUCGAGUUCUUGGGCGCCGAUAACAAGUUCACAUCAAUCGGACCGAUCUAUUACGAGUACGGCUCAAUGGUGAUCACAUAUGAAGACGCGAGUAAGGCUGUGCGCGCGCUCUACGCGCUCAGAGAGGCUAAAUAUGAAGAUAAACAUUUGUUAGUGAUGCUGCUCCCAAGCAUCGAGCCCUCCAUGGUCCCCUCGGACGUGAAGCCGCUGCUGGUGUUCGUGAACGUGAAGUCCGGUGGGUGCCAGGGGCUCGAGCUGAUCUCGUCCUUCCGCAAACUCCUCAACCCUUACCAGGUGUUCGACCUGGAGAACGGCGGACCUUUGCCUGGGCUGUACGUGUUUCGCCACAUCCCCAACUACAAGAUCCUGGUGUGCGGCGGCGACGGCACCAUCGGCUGGGUGCUGCAGUGCCUCGACAACGUGGGGCAGGACUCGCAGUGCUCCAACCCGCCCUGCGCCAUUGUUCCGCUUGGCACUGGUAACGACCUGGCCCGCGUGCUGCGCUGGGGCUCGGGCUACACGGGCUGCGAAGACCCGCUGUCCCUGCUGCGUGACGUCAUCGACGCGGAGGAGAUCCGCCUGGACCGCUGGACCGUGGUCUUCCACCCGGAGGACAAGCAGGACGAGCCCAAGGAGCUUACUAAGCAGCUGCCCGUAUUCACAUGCGCCGGGCUCGGCUCCCAGAGUGAGGACAACUCGCAAAUCCUAGUCAUGAACAACUAUUUCGGUAUUGGUAUUGACGCUGAUCUCUGUCUGGACUUCCACAACGCGAGGGAGGAGAACCCGAAUAAGUUUAAUAGCAGGUUACGCAACAAAGGCGUGUACGUGAAGAUGGGUCUCCGCAAAAUGGUGGGACGUAAGAUGUGCAAGGACCUGCACAAGGCGGUCAAGCUGGAGGUGGACGGCAAACCCGUCGAUCUUCCCGCGGUUGAGGGCAUCAUCAUCUUGAACAUUCUUAGCUGGGGCUCCGGGGCCAACCCGUGGGGCCCGGAGAAGGACGACCAGUUCAACAAGCCCAACCACUGGGACGGGAUGCUGGAGGUGGUGGGCGUCACCGGCGUCGUGCAUCUCGGACAAAUACAGUCCGGCUUGCGUGGCGCCAUGCGUAUCGCUCAGGGCGGGCACAUAAAGAUCAAUCUGAAGAGCGAGAUCCCCGUGCAGGUGGACGGCGAGCCCUGGGUGGCCGCGCCCAGCGAGGUCGUCGUGCUCAAGUCCGCGCUCAAGGCGACGAUGCUAAAGAAGACGAAGCGCGGGUCGGGCGCGGGCCCGGCGGCGGGCCCGUGACGCCGGCCCGGCUCAGCGGCGCGCUGCCCGCAGGCCACCAUGCUGAAGAAGCGCGCCAAGAUGCGGCGGCGCAGCACGGAGCCCGCGCUCCCCGCGCCCGCCGCCCCCGCCGCCCCCGCCGCCGGCGCACCCGCG